GGGAUUUCCUGUCCCGCGCUCUUUCGUCUUCCGGCUCCAGCCGGAAGACCCCCCGCUCCUGGAAGGAGUCAGAAAUUCUCGGACGGGAAGGUGAGACAUUCCCGAUCAUCCCGGGGAAAUCUGGAGGUGGGAUCAUCUUGCUCAACGCCAUGGGUGUGAUAGGUAUACAACUGGUUGUUACCAUGGUGAUGGCCAGUGUCAUGCAGAAGAUCUUACCUCACUAUUCUCUUGCUCGCUGGCUUCUCUGUAAUGGCAGUGUCUUGCUUGGCCCCUCUCUUCUUGGAGAGUUUGCGAUGGUAUCAGCAUCCUACAGAAGAAGAGUUACGCCUUCUUGCAGGAAAACAACAAAGGGGAAAGAGCAAAAAAGAUAGGAAGUAUAAUGGUCAUAUUGAAAAUAAGCCACUAACCAUUCCAAAGGAUAUUGACCUUCAUCUAGAAACAAAGUCAAUUACAGAAGUGGAUACUUUAGCAUUGCAUUAUUUUCCUGAAUACCAAUGGCUGGUGGAUUUCACAGUGGCAGCUACAAUAGUGUAUCUAGUAACUGAAGUCUACUACACUUUAAUGAAACCUACACAGGAAAUGAAUAUCAGCAUUGUCUGGUGCUUGCUUGUUUUGACUUUUGCAAUCAAGGUACUGUUUUCAUUGACGACACACUAUUUCAAAGUAGAAGAAGGUGGCGAAAGAUCAGUUUGCAUUACCUUUGGAUUUUUUUUCUUUGUCAAAGCCAUGGCAAUCUUGAUUGUUACUGAAAACUACUUAGAAUUUGGACUUGAAACAGGUUUUACAAAUUUUUCAGAAAGUGCGAUGCAGUUUCUUGAAAAGCAAGGUUUAGAAUCCCAGGGUCCUGUGUCUAAACUUACUUUCAAAUUUUUCCUGGCUAUUCUGUGUUCAUUUAUUGGUGCUUUUUUGACUUUUCCUGGGUUGCGGCUGGCUCAAAUGCAUCUGGAUGCCCUGAAUUUGGCAACAGAAAAAAUAACACAAACAUUACUUCACAUAAACUUCUUGGCACCUUUAUUUAUGGUCCUGCUGUGGGUAAAACCAAUCACCAAAGACUACAUUAUGCACCCAACUUUGGGUAAAGAAAGUGUUCCUUUAAUGACAGAAACUACAUUUGAUACUAUACGACUCUGGUUGAUAAUCCUGCUGUGUGCUCUGAGGUUGGCUCUGAUGCGCAGUCACCUGCAAGCUUACCUGAACUUAGCCCAGAAGUGUGUUGAUCAGAUGAAGAAGGAAGCUGGCCGAAUAAGUACCGUUGAUUUACAGAAGAUGGUGGCGAGAGUGUUUUAUUACCUUUGUGUAAUUGCACUGCAGUAUGUGGCCCCUCUGGUCAUGCUGCUCCACACAACCCUACUUUUGAAAACUCUAGGGAAUCAUUCCUGGGGGAUUUAUUCUGAGUCCAGCUCUGACUCUGUAGUGGAGAACCAUCCAUUCUCUGGUUCUGUUCACUCUGAAUUACCAUCUGCUGAUGAAAAAAUGAAAGUAACGGUUACCCAGAUAACAAUGGCAUUGGGCAGUCUAAAGACCAUCUUCACUCCUCUGCUCUUCCGAGGACUCUUGUCAUUUCUGACCUGGUGGAUAGCUGCUUGCCUCUUUGCCACAAGCCUUUUUGGACUUUUCUAUCACCAGUACCUAACUGUGGCAUGAACUAAUCAGCUAACAAAGACAACAACAGCAAAAGAUAGUGAAGGCAACCUAGUUUGGAGUCCAUGUGCCUUUGAAGAAAGGGCUGAGGAAAAUCAGAAGAAAGCAGAAAGACUGAAGAAAAAUACAUAUCAUCUAAGUAGCUUCUUUUUUUUAAUGCUUCCUCUGUCUUCUCAGGGUGAAUUAAUGUUUUAAUGUUGAAAAUCACAAGUUGGUUUGUUAAUUUUGUUUUAUAAAUAGUAGGGGAGUAGCUAUUGAAUCAUGGCAGUAGAACUGUGACUUUUUCUUUAUAUAUUGACAAAUAUAUUAAACACAUUUAUGUGUGUAUAUACACGUGUGUAUGUAUAUACAUAUAUGUGUAUAUACAUAUACACACAUUUACUGACAUGAGAGGGCUAUUUAAUGCUUGUGAUUGCCUUAGUUUACAGAAACACCCAAUUGUCCUUGAAAUUUCGUUUAUGACUUCAGUCAUUGUCUGAUUGUCUUAAUGGUGUUAUGGUACUGGUGAUAUUAAUGGUGGCUGCCUAGAGAACAAUCUUGAAACUGAGCCAUACUUUGGGCGGGGGGUGUGGAAGAAAAAAAAUAAACUUCUGUUGGAACUGUAUUAGUUGCUCUUCUAGGUGAAUAACAGCAACUACAACAAAUCCAUCAGGAAAGAAUAAACAGCUGCUGUAUAUUACAGCAAAGGAAGCUGUAGAAUAUUUUAAUUUAAUGGAGAUGUAAGUGUAUAAUAUAAGCAAGUAUUGCUGCCUGAACAUAGCAGGAAUUGUUAUUUUAACAUGUACAUUUUCUCAAUCUCUGCAGUUCUUAAAAAAAACAACAACAAAAAAUGGCGAUAUGAACAAUUGCUUUUAGCGGCUUGCUGCUAAGAUUGGAUCUCACAAAUUUGGGUGGGCCUCAGGUUUUUUUUCUAUAUUAUUGGACAAAUAAAUCCUAAGUCACUAUAAAAGUAUUUAUCAACACUGAUCAGACUUUUAAAAAUACUUAGUCCUGCUGAAUGCAUAUAUGUAUUGUACAUAUUAUAUAUUAAGUAUAUAAUAUAUUGGAGCUAUAAAAGAUAAACAUAGAGAAAUCUUAUUUUAAGUUGCUGAUUGUAUAUCAAAAGGUGAUUGAAUGGAGGUGUAUAUGUGUUGAAGUUUCAGGCUUUUUGAAUGAAAAUUAAAAGUCAUUUUUGAAAGUUCAGCAGAAAGCUGUUGAUUUGUACUCCCUUUACGACACUUAAGAUUCUUUAAAAUGUUUGGGAUUUCUUAAUUGGAAGCUCCACUGUAUAUUGUAAUUCUUACUCUGUCAUUUCUUAUGUUUCCCAGAGUAGAAGCUUCAGUACCCUUUAUAUUUUGACCAAUAAUAAAAUUUCAUUUGAAUCUUCAUAAAUUAAAUUUUCCAAAAAGAAAUAAAUAGGACUUUUAAAAAUGGCUUAUCCUAUAGUUUCAGAAGCAAGAAAUAAUUAGAUGUUUGAUAUAGAUUUUAAUUUAGUUAGGUUUUUUUUUGUUUUCUAGUAUAUACAUACAAACACACAUGAAUGUGAUGAUUUUAUUCAUUUAAAACUAAAAAUUUAAAGAUUUAUGUAGGGUGUAACUAUAAAAUAAUGUGGUUAACUUUUAAAACAACUUUAAAAGAAUUUAGGCAUCUAAAAGAGUUGUCACUCCAAGCAGGUACUGGGACAGAUCUAUAUCUAUUCCAACAAUCCUGCCACUGCUCAAAUUAUUUCCAUAGUUCCUUUUUUGGAAUAGUCUUCAGAGCCUAUGGUAUAUUCUUUUUUAUAAUUUCAGUGGUGUCACCUUUAUGAGUGGCUUUGAUUUUGGAAAUAACCAAAAAUCAUAUGGACAUAAUCUGAUGAAUGAAGUAUAUAAUCAACCCUAGGUGGUACAGUUUGGGUCCACAAAUAAGAUGCGACUAAGUAAGUAGUGAAAUUGAUUUAAAUGUGUAUUUUAUAAAUCACUCCUAAAAACAGUUGCCACUGGAAAGUUCCAAAAUUGUUCUUUGAGGGGUACCAGUAUUGGUAACAUAAGUGUAUAGCCUCGUAAGGUUAUGUAGAAGGAACAUUUAUUUAGAUGUAUAACGUCUCAUGUUUGGUAAAAUACCAGCCCUAUUACUUUAUAGUCAUGUCUCAUGUCUGCCUUUCUAAAUGUCAUUAUGGAUUUAGGGAUAAUUCCUUGUGUUUGUUGAACUAAACUGCCAUAUUUAUAGUAUAUGUGUACUUGCACACACACAUGCAUGCAUGUUUGUGUGUCUGUGUAAAUAAGAAAAUGUGUUUGAAUAAUUCUGAAUUAAGUGGGCAUAAGUAGAAUUUGUUUUUGCUUUUACAAUUUUAAGUUCUUACCAAAGGCACUACUCUUCAGUGUUUUAAAAACUGUACUGUGGAAUAAAGUAAAGAAAGAAGGUAAGAUUUAUUCAUAAAUUGAAAACUACAUUUCAUAUAACUUCAUCAUUUCAGAUGGAUACCUAUAAUUCUAAAAAUAGACUAAUGGUUUAUUUUAAAACCUAUUUUGUACCAAAUUUCUAAGCCACAAAUUUUGCACAAUGUGCAAAUUACUUAAGUGAUAGAUAUCUCUUCAGUUCUAGAAGAAAUUCUUGAGGAAGAGUUGAGAACAGAUUAAGGAUAAUGAUUUCUAACAAGAAAGUUUUCAAGGGCUUGUAGGAAGCAAUAUAGCCUUGUGGGUACAAAUGUGUGUGUGUCUUUAAAGAAGCUUGGAACUUCAUAGUUGGCCAAAUUUUUAUUUCUGGAGCAUUGGUUGUUUGGUUAUCCCAAAACUUACACAGUAGCGAUAAUAUUAGCAAACUAUUAGAUUAUUCAAAAUUUCCUGAUUUUCUUUGCCUUUUUUUUAACCUCUACCAGAUUUUUUUCUUACUGUUGUGUGCUGAGUGGGUAAAUUAUUUUUUAAUUUACUUAAUUGUGUGACCCAUAUUGAGUAGAAACACUUAAAAUCCUGAAUUGUAUGACUUAAUGAAAUUUUCCCCCCAAAUUGUCCCAAGAAAUUCCAACAAGGGGAAAAAUAAUCCAUUUUUUCAUUUCUGAUACAAAUCAGCAAUAAUAUGGUUAGCAGCAUUUCUCCUUGGGUUAUUAUUCAGACAAAAAAUGAAUGAAAUUGAUAGGUUCAGGAAAAGGGAAAUUGUAUUCAUUAUGAAGCUGUAAUUAUAAUACAAAAUAUAUUUUGUUCUUUUAAAUGAAAGGUUAAAUUCUCUACUUCUAUUUUUUUUUUAAACGGGGCAAUGGGGGUUAAGUGACUUGCCCAGGGUCACACAGCUAGUUAGUGUCAAGUGUCUGAGGCCGGAUUCUACUUCUAAAUAUAGAAUUUUAACAUUCUCUGAAAUCAUCCAGUCUCUCAAUCUGGUAGACUUUCUGAGACCAUCUCAUAAUUGAAAAUUUUCUGUUAUGGUUUGUAGUUGUGUUCAGCAAAGUAAAACUAAGUGAUUUUUGAAUGUGGAUCAUCCACUAUCUUCAUGGAGCUUUAGGUAGCUUAAAGAAUCAGAUCUAACCAUACUUACGAUCCCAGUGCUUGAACUCUGUCUCAAAUAGUCACAUAGUUGCAGCUUCUUGCUCCCACUCAUCUCAUUAUAUCUUUAUAACUGAGUUAGUCAUAUACCCAGAAAAUGGUGAUGUGGAUGCUGAACAUGGUCAUAAAGCUGGUGUAGGUCUUUCACUCCUUUUCUUUAAAGAAAUCAAUAGUUUCCCUUUAUUCUUGCCUGUUUCUGUCCUUUUUUAAAAAAAGUAGUCAGAGGUAGCUUUUGUACAUUUGGUUCCAUCCAACUGUUGUUCUCUUAACUACAAAUGACCUUUUCCUCACCUGGAGGAAGGGAGGGAGGAAGGGAAGGAGGGAGAGAGAGAAAAAGAGAGAGACUGAGACUAAGUAGUCAGGCUCUGUGGCUGCUGACUAUUUCUUAAUGAACAUUUAUUGAGUACUAAUUGAAAAUUAUGAUAUACCAAACUUCUUUACCAAAAAUAAUUAUUUUGGGGUUAUCUGGGAUUGCAGUUUGCCAUUUGUAUUAAGUACAUGGUCACAGAGCUUCACUAAUAGACAAGAUAGUAGAUAUGUUGGUGUUAAUUUACCAUAUUGUUGAAUAAAAAUGCGUGUCCUCCCCUGCCUGGAUAUUUUAAAAUAACAGGUACAACAGAUUUAACCUCUGGAGUACAUUUUUUCUGGAUCCAUUUCAGUUUAAUUCAACUGACAUUUAUUAAGCACCUAUUAACUAGUGAUGAGCACAAGGGAUAAAAAAGAAACAAAAUACUCUUGUCCUCAUAGAUCUUACAUUCUACAGGGGAUUACCCCAGGGACACAGAUUUGUAUUUAUAUCCUCUGCACUUAGUAAGUACUUAACAAAUGUUCAAUGAUUGAUUAAAUAAGGUCAUUGAAGGAGGGAAGAGAUAGCACUUUUACCGGGUUGAUUAGGAAAAGCUUUAUAGAUGAAGUAGUACCUGAGUUAAGCUUUGUAAAAAGCCAAGAAUUGAAUCUUAGAGGUCUGUCACCUGCUAUCCAGGUUAAUUGAAAUGUUAUUUAAGCUUUUGUUACACAUAUUUGGGUGGCAUAGUUGGAGCUUUGUAACAUGACUUUGGCAAAAACAAAUCUCACGUCUCCUUUUCUUCAUCUGGAAGAUAAUCUCUUAUCAGACAAAUUAGCGUGCAUCCUUUAGAAAGGUAUCUGUGCCACCAAGAAAGUUGGAGACUAGACAACCCCUAUGUCAUGUUUACUUCCCAAAUUCAUUCAAUUCAGCAAACAUAUUAAGCACUUACUAGGUUCUUAGUAUUAAGGAUGCAAAGAUGGAAAAAAAUCAGCUCCUGCUAUCAAGGAACUUACCUUCUGGGGGAUUUGUGGUCAUUGAGAAGAUUUUUCUGUUAAAGAAGUAAAGGUUGAGAGUAGAAAAUUUUGCCUCCGCUAAAAUGAGUCAUGACAUUAAACACUCUGAUAUGGAAAUCUAUAGAAAUCAGUGUGAGGGAGUCAUUUGCCAUUUUCUCAAGCAUUAACAAAGUACUGAUAGUAUUGUAUACCAUUCAUGAAGUUUUUUCGAGGGAGGGGAUGUCCUUGAGGUUUGUUGUUGUUGUUGUUUUACUUUUUAAAAAUAUGAUUUUUGAUACUUUCUUAUAUUACUUAGCCAUAGUUUUGCUAUCUGUAGAUACCUGCUUUAGCAAGUAGCCGCUGGUGCCAUUAGUUAACUUCUCUAGUCAUUUCAUCAGACCAAUGAAACUGUCUUCUUCCCCGCCCCCCCCCCCCCAUUCCUCUGUUUUUAACUGUGAAACAUGGUGGUUAGUGUUUUCACUAACCUUAGUGAAGAAUCCUUAGUAGCAGCAAGUCAAAGAGGGCACAAACUGGGAAAUCUGGUUCUGAUAUUUUCUAUACUUCCCCUAGAAACUUCCUCAUGCCAACAUUUGCCUGCUAAUAGGGAGACAGGUUUUCAGGCAAGUGAUUAGAAGAGGCUAGGGGGAGUUAGAUUAGUUGGUGAAAGAAUCUAGACUCCUAUUUUCUUGUGAGCCAGGUGAGCUUGAAAUAGAUGCCAAGGGAAGUGAUAACUACAACCACCAGUAUUUUCAUGAAUAAGAAAUUGGAACUGAUCAGUUUAUCCACCCACCCUCCCUCCCUUUCUCCCUUCCUUCCUUCGUGUCUUUCUGUCUGUCUGUCUGUCUCUCUCACUCUCUUGAAACUACAAAACGUAUUCUAUGUUGUACAAUCUGUAUAUUCUUUUCCUUCUUGCUGGGUUUAGGUUAAGAAAACAUAAUGAGCCAUAUGUAUAGGUAAAUAAUUAUCUUCAGGGUAUAAAUUAUGAUUCUUGAAAGGUAUCUACCUGGAUAGUGGAAUUCAACUUAGUGAAUGACUUACUGCCCAUAGUAAUAGUCCUCAAGUGGCCUGAAACUUAAUUCACCACUCAGAAUGUAUAGAUUCCAUCAUGAGAUUUCUUAAUCAUCUUUGGAAUCUGACCUGAUGUUGAAAUUCAUACUAACUUUAACUCAUGAUAUAAGUUCAUAUUAUUAGAAUCUAAAAGUUGUAUCAACGAUGCAUAUACCAUCAUUAUUUAUGUCUUGUCUAUAGGAUGAAUGUAUGUUUCUUUUGUUAUCUAUGCAAUCAUGGCGAAUCAGAUGGAUGGCCAAAAUCAUCACUUAAAUGUCCAGAGGCUGUUAUAGUGGCAUAAAAAGAGCAGAGCCGGUAUGUCCGGUACCCUGGCAUUUGCCACAUCUGUUUUGCUAUGUGCCAGCAAAUCUGAGCUAUUAAAUCUUAUAACCCAAGUAAGAAUUCUACAUAGUUUGAGAUAUGAAGGUAACAUAGUAUAACUGCCCAGAGUUCAUAUAUGUUCAUUGGAAUAUAUUUCUUAAUUUAAAUUCAGUUCAAUAAGUAUUAAUCACUUGUUACAUGCAAGGUUUUAUUCCCUUGCAUCAUAAGUGACCUUUUAAAAAGUCUUUUCCCAAAAGUAUGGGAGGAGGGGAGGAAAUUAUUUUAAGCUAUGUGUAAGGAACAAUGGGGCUGAUAAUUGCCAUUUUAUCUAAAAAUAACUAGUAGUAUACAGUACCAACUCCCAUAGUUAUGAAAUACUUAGACAAAUGACUAUCACUUAAGCCUCACUCGUUUAAAGUUUUUAAGGCUUUAAGUUUGAAAAUGGGAUGCAUAGCAUGAUAUUCUAUAUGUACCGCCAGGGAUAUUGGGAAUAAAUAAAAAUGUAUAGACAUAGAUAGGAAGAUUUUCUUUAAAAAGGUUCUUCUGAAUUGGCUUUAUUACCCUCUACUUCUUUUCUUAAAUGUUAAUGGUUUUUUUUAAUAGUAAAAAGGAUUUAUAAUUCUUUUCUAUGAUUGAAAAAAUGUGACUUUAUUAAAAAUGGCCAAAAUACAGAAAAUCCAACUAUAGUUUGGCUUACAUUUUUUAAAAAUUCUUGAGAUAUUGAGAGUAAAAUCAGUAGUGGUUACAUGUAUUUGCACUUCUUUAAAUAUCCGUUGUUGCACUUCUUUCCUUUUCUGUAACAGGUGGUUGCAUUUUAACAGAUCUCUUGAAACUCAGAGGAAAUGAAGUUUACAAUUUUUUCUCUUUAGGGGAAUAUAAAUAGCAAUUUAAAAAAUUAAUCAAGCUAUUAUUAUUAUUUAGGAUAUUCUUUAGUUUCACAACAAGGAAAGAGAAAUGCCACAUGUCCUCUAAGUUAUCUCACUUUAGAAUGUGGCUUUAUUUUACUGGUUAUAAACAUGUUUAGCUUUAUCAAGGGGAAAAAACCCCAACACUUUUCUACUUGCUUUUUUUUUUUUAGCAACAAACUUUAUAGUGGAACAACUGUUUUAGUUGUCUGUACACAUAUAUAGUUGUGCUAAAAUUCUUUCACAUAUCCUUUGUAAAGUUUGUUGUUAACAGUUUUCUUAGAGAAUUGUAAACCAUGCUCUGAAUUAUUUUUACCGUCCUUUAUAAUGUAUACCUUUUCUGUAGCUGAUUUUUAUCACAUUCAGAACUCUGGGUAUUCAAUUUUAUAUGCAUACUUGUAAAUGCUGAUAAAUUCAGAAGAUGUAAAUAUCAUUUUUCACCAAUCAUAUGGCUCCUGUUUUAUCCUGCUAUUUAUAAAAUCAUACUGCAUUUUAACAUUUUAUCUCAUGCUUUGAAAAUAUAUCUUUAUUAAUAAGUUAUAAAUUAUAGAAUUUUCCAUCAGAGACAGGAAUCUUUAAAGUACCAAAUUACUUUUAUGAUUUAUUUUUUAAAUGGCUUAGGAUGCUUAAGUUUUUGUAUAAACUAAGCAUUUAGAUUUAAAGUUACAUUUCAGUAGCUUCGGGACUUCUAUUUAGGUACAUUUAAAUUAAUGUUGAGUUUCUAAUACAUUAUCCAUAAAUCCAAACAACUAGCAAGAGGAAAAUGAAUAAUUACUCUCCUUAAUGACAUCUAAAUAUGCCACAUAUUUCAAUACAAUCAGUAGAGAAAAAAGAUGCUAUCUUGUUCCUAAAGCUAUUGACAUUAUUGGUUAUUGUCAGUGGUGCUUGCUAAGAAGUAGUAUAUCUAUGCUAGUUACUGCAUUAAAGUAACCCAAAGUUUGUUAAGAGGCAUUAAUAUCUGUCAUAAAGAAAAAAGGUCAAUCUACAGGGCAGCAUUAAAAAAACAAAAAUAUUGUAAAUAGUACAUAUUAAAAAAUACCAUUUCAUCUUCAGAAUAUACCAUAAAAAUGUUAAGGUGCUUCAACAUUUAAAAAGCUAUGUAGUUAAAACUCCCAAUUUUACUUCAUAAGGGACCAAAAAAGAAAAUAUCUUCAACGUUUUAGCUGUGACAAAAAUAAGCCAUUUUCAGCAUGAUAUAUUCCAUAAGAUUUUGGAAACAAAAUCUAUUUGGCAAAUAGAAGUCUCAUGCUUUCCCGUGUUAUUUAACAUUAUAAAUUUUGGUGGGACAAUACAGACAAAGCUUUAUUAAUGUGCCAUUGAAUAUACAUUCUCACUGUCCCGAGACAAUAACAUUUUUAAAGUUUAUUUUGUUUGCUGUUGUAAUUUAUCCAUUCAAAAAACAUCUUUUCCUUCACUCUCAUACUGUCAGAGAGAUGACUGAGAAAAGGGAAAAUAAAUGAUUUUGUAACCUAUUGAAACACCUGUCUACAUCAAUGGGAGUAUUGUUUUUAGAUAAAAUUUGUAGCAAUACUUACUGAAUUAAAAGCAGAUACUUUGGGUUUACAUACAUGGUAGAAGAAUAAUUCCAAGAUCAUUACUGACCUUUACUCUUGGUCAAAUCAAUUGGUAGAGUCUGACAUUGUGAGUUGUGAACUAGUAAGAAAUAUGGAUUUUUACAAUUUAUAGCAAGCAUAGCAUCUUGUAAGUAGAUUGCCACUUGGUUUGAGUAAAGUCAUUAAAACUUGGAUAUUCAUACUGUCAUGCUAACAUGUAUGCAGACAACAUCACAGACAGAAUACAGUGAAUUGAAAUGAGAAUAAUUGUAAAAGGUGUUUUAUGUGUAAGUCAUGACAAUAGACUGUUCAAUUUGGAAGUUUUAUUUUUUUAAGAAGUAGAUUUUUUGGUAUUUAAAAAUAUUUACUAUACACAGUGAUUCAGCAGAAAAAGUAUGGCUCAUAAAUAUACAUGAAUAAUUCAAAGUUUUGAUCAUUUUGCAUGUAAAGAAUUAAAUAUAUGUGUAAGUUGUAUAUUUGAAUUAAAAUAAUAGAGUAUGCACCAAAGGAAGCACUCCUUAUAAAGAAGCCUUAUAGUGUCUUGUGCUUUUCAAGCUCAAAUGAAAUGUCAUUAGUAAUUAGUGUAUUAAUGUAAUGAUGGGGCAGGGGAAAUGUGUCCCUACACAACUACUGUAUAACUCUUUUAUUAUUUUCUUGCACCGUGUGUAGGAUGGUGCAUUGUCUUUAUUGCUGCUAAUGUUUUAAGAGAUUUUUUAAAAAGCUUUUUAUCCUCUUACUUGAUAGAUAUUUGCAUGUCUUUUUUAAAAACACAACUAUUGAUGUUGAGACUGAUGAAUAACUUGCUGAUUUAACCUUUUUUUAAAAGAUAUUUUGCCAAGUAAGGAAAUACUGUGAGAAUUGAUUGAAACUAUGAUUUGUGGUUUUGAUGUUCUCUCUCCCCCCCAUACUCCCAUUAAUUUAUUUGAAAAUUUAUUUUUUUUUCUUUAGGAAAAUUUUUAAGCACAAAUUAAUUAAAUACUGAUUAAAAAAAUUUAAGGUAAGAUACUUGUCUUCACAAUGACUAAAUAAUCAUAUGAUUUGAAAGAGGUUCUUUUUUUCACACUGGUUGUGAUCAUGUGUAGAUACUGUGAAAUGUAGUCAAAUGCAGUGUCUAUAAACAGUGUCUAUAGUUUCAAAUGAAAUACUUAACCACCAUCAGUUUGUGUAUUUACCCUUUCCAUCACUGUAACUUUGUAGUUUCUGUUCUUUUACCCUUGCAUGUGGUAUAUUUCCAUUAAAUUGUUUUUACACAGUACUGCCUGAAUCAGAAAUACAGCAACUUUGAAACCAAAGAUCAAUAAAAGUGUUCCCUCCCAUG